UAACCCUCUGGAGGCAGAUGUUGCAGAUUUGCAUUGUUAAAACCUACCUACCUGGUUACUCCACAAACGUAUUUCAUGAGCAGUUUUUAACUCAGAAGUAGCCCUGAAGGACUUAGUUGUUCAUCCUUUUAUCAAACUUAUUUUGAGCCUGAGAGGGUUAAUGUACUGUACAUACAUACUGGUGGUGCUCUCUCUCUGAGUGUGUGUGUGUGUGUGUGUGUGUGUGUGUGUGUGUGUGUGUGUGUGUGUGUGUGUGUGUGUGUGUGUGUGUGUGUGUAUUACUGGAUUCUAAAAGGUUUUAGAACUGGACAAUGGUUUAGCUCAUUCAAAAAUUUCAUUAAUACUAUUUUAGUGAGACUAAACCUCUAUAUGCAUAAUUCUGAGAAACUAAUAAAGUUUUUGUCUCUCAGUGAAACAAGUGGCUUUCUCAGCCUCUCUGAUGGACUCAGGCUAUGGACAUGUUGGACCUUUUAAUGCACAAACACCUCUGGUCUUCAGACAUGUUGUUACUAAUCUUGGAAAUGCCUACAACCCAAAUACAGGUUUUUUCAUCGCACCUGUGAGAGGAGUCUAUCACUUUGUGUUCCACAUACAUGGGUUUACAGAUGCUUCAAAUCCUGCAGGAGCCAUGUUGUUUAAGAAUGGAGAAAAGACCUUCAUUGCUUACGAGCAGCAGCCUUCCCAUUUUGCUAGUACGGCCAACAGUAUCACACUGCUGUUGGAGGUUGGAGAUGUUGUGUUUCUGCGUCAGAGGGAAAAUACAAGGAUUUAUGACAGUGGCAACCAUCACACCACCUUCAGUGGUCACUUGAUUUUCACCAUGUGAGCAAGAGAUGUUAGAAAAUCAGAUGUUUUAUUAGAUCAUUUCACACAUUCAGCUAAUUUAUUCAUAUUCAUCAUCCCCCCCCCCCCCC